AUGGCUACCAAUUGCGAACGAAUGGACAGACGACGUCAAAUGAACAUUCAAGUAGAUCACAUGCUAUUUUUCAGAUCAACAUCCGAAGACGACUACAAGUUGAUUCAGUGCGGCGAAACAAUAGUUCACCAAAUUCUCCGGAGCAAUCAGAGGUUCACCUUUCAUCAUUCUCUUCCUGUUCAUAUCCAAAUCCACAUUACUCCGGCGCUUUAGUGGGCCGCUUCUCACUAGUUGACCUGGCAGGAAGUGAACGCAGUGUGGACAACUUGAGCACUUCGGACAGAACCCGACAAUUGGAAAGCGGUGAAAUUAACAAAAGUUUACUUGCGCUCAAGGAGUGUAUUCGGGCAAUGGGCAAUCGUACAAGUUCCUACCUUCCGUUUCGAACGAGUAAAUUAACUCAAGUUAGU